AGACGGCAGGUGUCGCCCUCCCUGCUCCAGUUGCAUGCCGGGUAGUGGAUGAUGGCUGAGGGCUGUGUGGAGGAAUGAAGCGGCUGACCGCUGCCUGUCUCCCGGCUGAAGCGCGCUCUGUGCGGCCUCAGGUCUUUGAGCAGAGCGGAGCUAUGAGGAGAACUGUACUCUUGCCUCCAGGCGUCCUGGUUGUUGGACUAUGCUGUGUUUGUCCACUGGGUGGCGCCUCCUGAGCCAAGCUCACCGCCUCCCUCCCUCCCGGCCCGGCCCCGCUGCUCAGUCCGUCACCAUGUACACCACCCGCCUCUACAGCACCUCGGGGGGAGGAGGAGGAGGAGGAGGUGGGGUUAAACAUGGGAGAAGGGCGGGGCUGGCCGUGAUCGAGGCACCCCACCCUCCUCACCACCACCUCCCCCACCACCCUCACCCGACUCCACCUCCCCCUGCCUACCACCUGUACCAGGGCCGCCCCGACGCCCACAGAGGAGCACACUUCUACCACCCGCAACCUGCCCACUUGGCCCCACCCCCAUUCUCCCCCCACUACCAGCACCACGCCCACUUCCACACAUAUGGAGGGGGGGCUCCAGGGGUUGGGGCCGCUGCCCCUGGCAGCAAGAAGAAGACGUGGAACUUCAUCCAUGAGAAGAUGAGCUACGACACGUUCUUCACCAUGAAGCGCCUGAUUGAGCGUUCGCGGCGGCCUGACGAGGUGCUGCGCUGGGUCACCCAGAACCCGGCCAAGAUCUCCCACAACCACUACCCCGUCGCCCUGCAGAAGAUCGGACAGCUGCUACAGGCCACGCCGUCACCACGAACCGGAGGGGACGCCACAGAAGCCAAGGCAGGUGGAGGAGCUGAGGGGGGUGACGAACGCCAGAUCCUGGAGCAUCAGGACUUUCAGACGCUCUGUAACGCCAUCGUCAACGACUGCGCCAAGUUUGACAACUUCAGCAUUGUCAACUGUUUGUAUGCUGUGGCAGCACUUGGUCUUUCCAGUGACGCUCAGGUGGUCCACGUGUUGGAGGCGGAGUCUCAGUCCAGACUGAGCCAGUUUAACCAGAAGGACGUUUCCAUGGUGUUCAGCUCCAGUAUGAAGCUCCAUCCAGGAAGUCAACACCCGCUGACCGAGGCCUGCCUGGCCGGCCUGGAGAAGAACCUGGAGAGAGAGCGCCACCCGCAGACGCUCUUCUUGUUGCUCUCAUAUUACAGACUCAAGUGGCGCUCGCUGCAGCAGCAGGAGCCCACUGCUGCUGCAGGGGGCGUUGCAACCAUCACUGCUAAAACCAACAACACGCCCCCAAACCCUGAACUACUGCUUACCAACAGGAAGAUCUUACGUCUUGUUAAACACACUUUGGCGAGUGUCAGUGGCGUUCGUGACCAAGAGAUGGCCCUGUUGGAUGAGAUGUUGGCGGCGUGUGCUCGAGAGGCGAGCAACAAGAGUCUGGAGUUGAUCUUCAGUUCCCACCUGUUCUACCAGAACCGACAGGAGAAGUUCAUCAGCAGCCUGGCAGAGGAGCUCCCCAAGAAGGUCGACAGCAUCACUCCGUACACAAUGGCUCUGAUUGCCAAAUACAUCGCUCGCCAUCGACUGAGAGAGACCCGACUGCUUGACACCAUCGCAGACUUCUUGGUGAAGAAGGCGGAAUACCUGGACAGUAAGGUGAUCCAGAAGCUGGUGUUCCCGUUCAGCAGGAUGAGCUACCGUCCGUCCAAUGAGCAGCAGUUUUUCUCUGGCUUGGAGGAGGUGUUGGAGCUGAAGGCUCUCAGCUCGCCGCUCGCCACCGUCAACAUCCUCAUGUCUCUGUUCCAGCUGGGUCAUUUCCCCAGCCUGGUGCUGCACCGCGUCUUCUCCUCUGCCUUCAUCAGCAACGUCACCAACAGUCCCUAUGCCCUGAUAGUCCGGAGGUACCUGUCUCUGCUGGACGCCGCCAUCGAGCUGGAGUACCGCGACUACACCGGACCACGACUGCAGGAGGCACACAAAGUCCUGAUGUUUGACCAUGCACUGACUGCUGACGAGGUCAACCGCAAGUACAGUUAUAAAGGUCUGGUUGCUGAAGCUUUACGUCAGCUGGUUGGAGAACAAAACUACAAACAAGAUGAAGUGCUCCCCCCAGGGUACUACACAGACUUCGUGCUGUGGAUGGACGGUUCUGGUCGAGUUCUACCCAUCAGACCCGGAGCGGCGCUGUCUUUGAGCGUUGUUCCUGCUUCCUGUGUCGCUAUGGCGUCUAAACCGGCUGACGGCUCAGUUGCCGUGGUGACUUCAGAGUUCCAGAGGUUUUCUCCUUUUGCGGUGCUAGAGGAAGGUGGCGAACAGCAGUGUCACGUGGGCGAGGCGAUGGGCGGGGCCAUGGAACCCAUCUCCUUCCUGCCCCACCACAUCCGCAGCACAACGGGGGCCGCGCUGUCCUCAGGGGCCCCUCGGCCCACCAACGGCGGCCCCUUGGACUACGGCCCCUACUUUGUCCCGGCAGCGGAGUACUACUCCAGUCUGGCCAAGGAGCACUCACUGGAGAGCCAGGACAGCUCCACGCUCAGCAGCCCCCCUUCUGAUGGACAGGCCCCGCCUGGGGCUCCAGAACCUGUGGAGGCCACGGCCCCUGACUCUCUCUUCCAGUUCUCCAUCGGGAAGAUCCUGGAGGACGAGGGGGGAACUGGGGCCCCUGAGAGCCAGGGUACAGACUGUGCGUUGCCAGGGUUCUAUGAGGGCGUGACGUAUUCUGAGGUGUCAGUGGCUGACAGAGGGCCCUCAUCCCCGCCACAGCUCCACCCCCCUGAUCAACCGGAGCUUGAUAACCCCCCCACCGACCAGAGACCAAUCAGGAGGCUCAUCAUGUCCGUCAAUGAUAAGUGGCAUUAUUGUCACAACUCUGAGGUGCUGGUUGGUUCCCGGGCGAUGAGAGACCGCCACCUGAGGCUGCUGGGAUACGUCAUCGUCCAGCUUCCGUAUCAUGAGCUGGAGAAGCUGAACGGCAUCGAGGAGGUGAAGGCGUACCUGCAUCAGAAGCUGUUGGACGUCCCACUAUGACUGUGUGUGUGUGUGUGUGUGUGUGUGUGUGUGUGUGUGUGUGUGUGUGUGUGUGUGUGUGUGUGUGUGUUAGUUAUUGAUUAAUCUUUAAUGAUCACUGAAAUUGAUAAUUUACAGCUACACUGAGCAGCGUUGAAAGGAGCACUCCACUUUUUUUUUCAGAACACGUUCCAAAUCCAUCACAACAGCCAAUCAUAACGUCUCAUUUAAAUCACAAGUUCAUCAAUUAAAUGAUUGGUUCUUAAUGUGAUUCACCGACAUUCUGUAUCGAAUGUAAACGGCAGAUUUGACAGAAACCAGAACGAGUCACACUGUUAGAAAACUGUCCAUGUUGAGUUCAGGGAAGUUUAAUUUCGUUUUUCUUGACGUCCCUAAAUGCACCGCAGCCGCCAUGUUGAAUUUGGAAGGAGGUCGACAGAAGAACGUUGAACUGCUCCUUAAACGUCUCAGUGUAUCAGCUGAGUACACGCUGCGCUCUGAUUGGAUGCUGUGUGAAUGAACAAAUGUUAUUUUUUUCAGGGUGGGGGGGGUCAGUGUGUGGUACCCGUGGUAACGAUGACAAUGCAUGUGUGGGACGAUGGAGCUGGGAGUGGAUGCUUUUUUUCUGUGAAGAGGGGUGAGUGUGCGGAUUAGUGUUGGGGGUCAAAGCUCAGAUUAUUUAUUUGUGUUUGAGGAAAAGAAGCUUGUUUAUAUUCUAUAAAUCUCUGAAAUCAAACGUCUAUAAAACCUGAAACUAA